CCGGGUGUCACUGGGAUUCUGGCUCUCUCCAAGGGCGGGCGGGGCGGCCAUGCUCCUGUCGGGGGGCGAACCCCCGGCGCUGGAAUGGUUAAUGGUGCAGACAAAAUCCAAGGCUCGGGUGCGGCGGCAGCAGCUCCAAGUGCAACGCAUCUUCAGGGUCAAGUUGAACGCUUUCCAGAGCCGCCCCGACACCUCUUACUUCUGGCUGCAGCUGGAGGGGCCCCGGGAGAACACGGGCAAGGCCAAGGAAUAUCUGAAGGGCCUGUGUAGCCCAGAGCUAUGGAAGGAGGUUCGCUAUCCACCAGUCCUGCACUGCGCCUUCCUUGGGGCCCAGGGCCUCUUCCUGGACUGCCUCUGUUGGAGCACCCUGGCCUACCUAGUGCCUGGCCCCCCUGGCUCCCUGAUGGUGGGCGGCCUGACUGAGUCUUUCACCAUGACCCAGAACUGGCUGGAGGAGCUGGUAGCCAGGUUGCGUUGGGGUCCUGCUUCUUUCCUAACUCCCCGGGGUGUCUGGGAAGCUGAGGUGACCCGAGCCUUUGGGGCACUGGUAUGGAUCCGUGGUGACCAGUAUGCAGGAGACCUCCUGCAGUUGCCCCCAGCAGUCCAAGAGCUUCUGCUGAGCCUGGUCCGAGAUGCUGCAGGCAAAGAGGACAUCAUUGAGUGGCUCGGCCACUUUGGCAUCUCCAGCCCAGAGGUCUCGAUCUGCCUUCCCCAGCAGAAGGAAGACACAACUAUAGUGUCUGUGGGAGAGUCUCCUGAGUCCUUCCUGGAGAUAGGGUCCUUCCAGAAUGAGGGCUCAGAAAACCCCAAAAGAUUGAUGAACCUGGGAGCUACCCCGUCUCUAGUCCAAACCCAGAGCACACAGCAGGAGACAGCAAAUCAGCUGCUAUGGGUUGGUUCCAACAACCAGGGUGGUAAAAACAGCUCUCCAGAGGAAAGGCCAGCACAAGCCACCAGUAGUGAGGACUCUGCACACCACACACAAGCCUUACUGAAGCAAAGGCAGGUUCAGAGAGUGGAAGAUAAACUCUCCUUCCAGCCUCCUGCGUCAUCCCUGAGUGUGUGUCCAUCAUGGAAGGCCUGGACCCCAGGGCCAGCCUUUGGGCCUUUGUGGCCUGGGACUAUUGCAGCAUCCUUCUGGACAAUCAAUGAAUUGCAUUCUCUCCACCUGGCUUGCCUUCUGUCCCAAGCCUGCUUUAAUUUCCCCUUCUGGCAGAGGCCUCUGGGUCCCAUUCAGCUGAAGCUGCCAGGACAGAAUGCUUUGCCCUUAAAUCUGGAGUGGAAACAGAAGGAUCUAGCUCCCCUGCCUAGUGCAGAAAGCCCAGCUUGCAGAUCCAAUGGGGAGCUGGGAGAAGAGAGAGCCCUACAGAACUGUCUGAGGCCUGAGAGUCCUCCACAAGUCAUGAGCUUGCUGGUGGUCCCGGAGGGCUCUGGUGUCAAACAUAAGAUUAGUUCACGACUUCCGCAGAUAGGGCCACCCUUGACCUCUCCACUCAAACUACAAGCUCAAGUUGACCCUGGGAAUCAAGGACAUAGCCCAUCAGAUUGUAAGGGUCUGGAAAAAGGGUCCUCUCCAGCACUGCCCACAGCUCAGGGGAGGCCCGUGGCUCAAGAGGGGCUGAUACCCCAGGCAGCCCCUGAAGUUCCAGAAGUGCCUGACACUCUCAAAGUGCCCAUGGCUGCCAUAGUGGCCAAAGCAGAAAGCCCACCCCCAGCCAAAGGGCCACAUGCAGCUUCCAACAUGCCUUCAACAGCCCAAAAGAUGUCAGCAGGACACACAGAACCUACAGCUCCCAAAGUGCUUUCAGCCCUGACAAAACCGGCAGUUCACAUGGCAUCUACAGCUCCAAAAGCAGCUGUGGGUCAACCAGCAUUGGUAUCAGCAGUGCAAGUAACAUCUACAGCUCCCCAAACUCUCACAGCUCAGAAGAUGCCUGCCACAAAAGCAUUACCUGCAGGUUCGAAAACACCUAAAACUCAAACUGGGUCCACAACUAAAACAGGAUCUGUAGCUCCAAAAGCGUCUGCACCCCCCAAAACACCUGUAGGUUCAAAAACCUCCAGAGCUCCCAAAACACCCGCAGCCCAGAAGGCACCCACAGAUGCAGGUCCAGCUUUGGAUGUAGCCAAACUGCAGAAUGAAGCCCUGCCUUUGUUAAGAGGUGGUAACACCUUGCCAAAGGGCCAGGUAGAGCCUGGGAGUUGGGAUAACCAGUCCAGCAGCACCUUGACUCCCAGCAGUAAGCACCAAUGCCAGAGGGAAGGGCUCUUGGGGGCUCUGGAGGGGGCAGCAAGGCAGUUACCCUGCCAGCCACAGGCAAACAGCACAGUGACCAGCUUCCAGAGGUAUCACGAGGCCCUAAACACGCCUUUCGAGUUGAACUUAUCAGAGGAACCUGGGAACCAGAGACUUCGGCGAGUGGUCAUCGAUGGUAGCAGUGUGGCCAUGGUGCAUGGCCUUCAGCACUUCUUCUCCUGCCGAGGUAUAGCCAUGGCAGUGCAGUAUUUCUGGAACCGGGGACACCGGGAGAUCACUGUAUUUGUGCCCACCUGGCAGCUGAGGAAGAACCGGAGAGUGCGAGAAAGCCACUUCCUGACAAAACUCCACUCACUCAAGAUGCUUUCAAUCACCCCUUCCCAGCUGGAGAAUGGCAAGAAGAUCACCACCUGUGAUUACAGGUUCAUGGUAAAGCUGGCAGAAGAGACAGAUGGCGUCAUUGUUACCAAUGAGCAGAUUCACGUCUUGAUGAAUAACUCCAAGAAAGUCAUGGUCACAGAUCGUCUUCUGCCUUUCACAUUUGCGGGGAAUCUCUUCAUGGUACCAGAUGACCCUCUGGGUCGUGAUGGCCCCACAUUGGAUGAAUUUCUAAAGAAGCCAAACAGGUUGGACAUGGACAUCGGCAACUUCUUGAAGGUGUGGAAGACUCUUCCUCCCAUUUCAGCCAGCAUCUCAGAGCUGAGUGAUGACUCUGACCCUGGGCCUGUGGAGAAGCUUCAGGAUGUGGAAGAAACCAGAGAGGAAAAGGAAGAAAGACAGGAAGAGGAGCAGAGGGAUGGGCAAGGGAUACCAGAAACAGCAGAGGAGGACAGUCUUGAUUCUUCCUGGGAGUCACCAUUCCAUGUUGAGUGCCCUUCCCUUUCUGAGGAAAUUCUUCAGUACCUCAGCCUGAAUGACCCUCCUGACGGAGCUCUAGACAUUGACCUCCUGCCGGGGGUGACCUCUCCCAACCUGGACAUCCCUUGGGAUGGAAAUGCUCCUUGCCAGCAGAUCCUAGCUCAGCUGGCCCAGAUGACCAUCCCCAGAAACUUCACAGCUCUGUCCUUCUUUGUGGGGUUUAUGGACUCCCACCGGAAUGCCAUCCCUGACUAUGAAGCCCUUGUGGGCCCCCUCCACUGCCUCCUCAAGCAGAAGCCAGACUGGCAGUGGGACAGGGAGCAUGAGAAGGCCUUCUUGGCCCUGAAGCAGGCCCUGGUGUCUGUCCUCUGCCUGACAGCCCCCAACUCCCAGCUGCCCUUCUACCUGGAGGUGACAGUGAGCCAAGUGGUACUCACAGCCAUCCUUCAUCAAGAGCACUCGGGAAAAAAGCACCUCAUUGCCUAUACCUCGAAGCCCCUCCUCCCUGGUGAGGACAGUGAGGGCCCCCAAUCAGGGGGAGACAGCCCCUAUGCAGUGGCCUGGGCGCUCAAGCAUUUUUCUCACUGUCUUGGAGAUUCCCCAGUGGUCCUAGAUCUUUCCUAUACCUCCCGGACCACUAUAGACCCUGAGGCACAAGAGGGCGAUGGGGUUUCCAAAGCAUGGUUGAUCCGAUGGUCCGUCUUGGUACAGGAUAAAGGCAAAAGGGCUUUAGAGUUAACCCUCUUGCAGGGCUUGCUGGGGGAAAACCAACUGCUGCCACCUGUUUCUUCCAUGCCUCGAUUCUUCCAGGUUCUACCUCCUUUUUCUGACCUGUCCACUUUUAUCUGUAUUCACGUGUCAGGCUAUUGCUUCUACCGUGAUGAUGAGUGGUGUGCUGGCUUUGGUCUCUAUGUCCUGUCUCCCACCAGCCCCCCUGUCUCCCUUUCCUUUUCCUGUGCCCCUUCCACUCCCACUUAUGCCCACCUGGCGGCUGUGGCCUGUGGUCUGGAGCACUUUGGCCAGUCAGAGUUCCCAGUAGUUUUCCUUACCCACUGCAGCUGGAUUUUCAGCCUCCUGUGGGAGCUGCUACCCCUCUGGAAGGCCAGGGGCUUCCUGUCCUCUGAUGGGGCCCCCCUACCUCACCCAAACCUGCUUUCUUACAUCAUAUCACUCACUUCUAGUCUCUCAUCCCUGCCAUUUAUCUACCGAACCUCCUACCGGGGCUCUCUGUUUGCUGUGACUGUAGACACCCUGGCUAAGCAAGGUGCCCAAGGGGGCGGGCAGUCCUGGGAUUUGCCAACGGAUGUGCCAGUCCCUGCGGUGACUCCUCAUUUGAUGGGCAAGAAGCCCAAUCUACUAGCACUGCAAAUGAGUGACAGCACCUUAGCAGAUGUCAUUGCCAAGCUUCAGGCUGGUCAGAAAGUAUCUGGUUCCUCCCCUUUUAGUUCUGCCUUUCAGUCACUCAGCCUGGACAAGGAGAGUGGCCUGCUUAUGUUCAAGGGAGAUAAAAAGCCCAAAGUCUGGGUAGUUCCUAGGCAACUGAGAAGGGAUCUGAUUUUCUCUGUGCAUGACGUCCCUGUAGGGGGCCACCAGAGGCCAGAGGAGACCUACAGAAAGCUGCGGUUGCUGGGCUGGUGGCCUGGGAUACAGGAACAUGUGAAAGAUUACUGCAGAAGCUGCUUGUUCUGCCUCCCCCGCAACCUUGGAGGCUGUGAGCUGAAGGCUAUUGAAUCUCCGUGGCCCAUCAGGUCCACUGCUCCUUGGGCGAACCUGCAGAUGGAGGUGGUCGGUCCAGUCACUGGAAGUGAGGAGGGCUAUAAGCACGUGCUCAUUGUGGCUGACCCCAACACCCGCUGGGUGGAAGCGUUCCCACUGAAGCCCUAUACACACAUGGCAGUGGCCCAGCUGUUACUUCAACAUGUGUUUUCCAGGUGGGGGGUUCCUGUGAAGCUGGAGGCAGCCCAAGGUCCCCAAUUUGCCCGACAUGUCCUAGUGAGCUGUGGCUUGGCCCUAGGAGCCCAGGUAGUCACCCUGAGUAGGGUUCUCCAGUUCACCUGUCUGGCUAGCUCAGAGGCCUACUGGGAAUUCAAGAGAGCCCUGAAGGAAUUCAUCUUCCUGUAUGGCAAGAAGUGGGCAGCCUCUCUGCCCUUGCUGCAUCUGGCCUUUAGGGCCUCCUCCACGGAGGCUACCCCAUUCCGGAUCCUGACAGGAGGUGAGGAGAGACUGACCAAGCCUUUGUGGUGGGAGAUGAGCAGUGCAAACAUUGAAGGGCUCAAGAUGGAUAUUUUCCUGCUCCAGUUGCUCAGCGAGCUGCUGGAGCUGCACCUGAGGGUGGCGGAAAAGCCCAGUGAGAAAGCCGAGAAUCGGCGAUUCAAGCAGGAGACCCAGGAGACGGAGUGGAACGUAGGUGACCAGGUCCUCCUGCUGUCCCUCCCCAGGAAUGGCAACAGUGCCAAAUGGGUGGGGCCCUUCUAUAUUGGGGAUCGGCUGAGCCUGUCACUCUAUAGGGUAUGGGGUUUCCCAACCCCAGAGAAGCUAGGGUGCGUCUAUCCCAGUAAUCUGAUGAAGACCUUUGCCAAGAGUAGUACAUCUUUGCCUUUUAAGGGCUUGGAGCAGUGAACUAGAGUGGUGGGGGGAAUCCCCUGCCCCAGUCCUGGGUUUCUGCCACUAGGCCUCCCUCUGCCCCUAGCCAGUGUUUUAUGCUCUUUGGAGGCCCUCCAUGUGCCUUUUGUAGAGAGGUUGCUUCCUAAAGCUUUGCUGAGUUGCCUUGACUUAGGGAUGAGUGUCUGACUACCCUAGCUUGGGGUAGUCAGAGAAUUUACCAAAGGCUGUCAUAUAUGCGCCUCUGACACUAUUACAAUGGGGGGGGGUAAGCAAAGCCCCCUUCUAAAAUAGUCCAGGAUCAGAGAUUUUUACCCCUCCUAGUGUCUUCUUCCCCUUCCCACACAUGCAGGUAUAUGGUGAUAUCUCUCUCUCUCCCUGCCCCGGUCUUACUGGCUGUCUUAAUCAUAAAACUGUGUGGUUCUGGACCUCACAAAUGAAAUGAGUCUUUUCCCCAGACAGAAACCUGUACAUUUGGAGAGCCUUGGCCUUUGGAGUUAUCACUGACACAAACCUUCAUGGAUUGUGGGAGGCAGCUGGCUCCCUAGCUUCCUGGCCAAUGUGCUUAGGCCAGACUUGACCUUCCCAGAUGUCAAGAAAGGGCUUCAGUCCCCCUCAAGAGGACAGUGGCUCAGGAUGGGAGAAUAGCCAACUACAAUCUCCCCCCUUCCCCCUUGGCAUGGGAGAGGGGCAGGAGGGGAGGGGGAGGGGUAACCUACCUCAUUUGACACCAGCCCAAAGAAACAACUCAUAACCCCUGCUGAUAAUUGCCAUUCCCUCAGGAACCAAGGAUUUGAUGCCAAGGGUAGCAUCUCUAUUUGAAAAGCUGCUUUUGCUAGACCAAGGUCAUCCCUCCCACCCACCCCCACUCUGAAGGAGGAAAGGUAUCUGAAGAAGGUGGUUCACUACACAGCCAGAUGCUUAGUGGCUUUAUCUCCCAACCCCUUCCAACCCUCCUCCAAAGUCCUCAGCCCUCUAUGCUUUCUGUCUUCACCUUUAUCAUACUCUGUGGUCUCCACUGCCCUGCCUUCCUGAGACCGUGCAUAGAGUGAUUGUCUUAUUUGGCUCACCUCUUGGUCCUCUGGCUCCACAUUCUGUGUAGAAUUAAAUCUGAACUAUCUCAGAGCCACCAUACAAAAGCCACUCCUGUAGUGAGAAUGAGUUUCUAUGAGUGUGUUUGCUCCACUCUGAAUUGCUGCUGCUGCUGCUGCUGCUGCUACUGCUGCUGCUGUUGAGGAAAACAUGUGAGAUCAGCAUUGUGUUGCUCUGGGUGAGCCCUGUAGUAGCUUCUUUUCUCCAGUAGCUCUGCCAGUCUGUUGGCCCAGCUCAGAUUACCAGCACACUUGGCAUUGCAGAAAUCUGCAGCCAGAGGAGAACCUGCCAUCAAGCCUAACUUGCUUGUUUUACAGUAGAGCAAAGAACCCAGAGAGGGAAAAUGACUAGUCUAAAGUCAUAUAACCAAUUGGUGGCUGAACUGGGCCCUGGAUUGAAUUUCCCACCAUGAAAAAGAUUUUGGCAGAGGGUUCAACAAGAGAAUCCUUUGAGAUUCUAUACAUUUUCCCCUCCCUGUCAUCCUUUGGCAAUUUGUAGAUAGACUCUCUGGAUGUUCUCCUUAAACCAAUUCCAGCUGUUAAUCCUGUCCAAGAGUGAUUGAGUGGCAGCCAAAGAACUGAAAGGUUAGCUUCAGGAUUUUAGCAGAUACUCUAUUGCUUCUCCCACCUUACCCAAUUCCUGGUCCUUCCCUUUCUUCUAAUGAUAUGUGCAACCUAUCCUCCCCUUCUGUUCUGUUAACUAUAUUUUUGAUGCUGUACCCCCUUUUAAAGUGAAUUUUUUUCAUUUUGUCAAUAAAUGGGUUAAACUAGA